AUGAAUUCACACGGAAGAGAAGAUAAAGCUGGCCCAUCCAAAUUGGCAAAGGCCAGUAGUUCAGGCAAAAAAAUAUUAAGUAAAUUCGAGAGCGAGAAAUUGCCAUCGUCGAACAAAGAAAAAGCAUCGGAUUCACCUAAGCAGAUAAAAACGCCAUCACCCUCAUCAGUGAAAACCAGUGUGACGACGAAAAUGUCACCGUCAAAACAGACUUCGGAUACAAGCAGUAAUACACAGAAGACAGUAACAAGUAUUAAGUCAGAACCGUUCGUUGAGAAGUACAGGCCGAAAACGAUGAAGCAGAUCGUAGGUCAACAAGGAGAUAAGAGCUGUGCACACAAUUUGUACAUAUGGCUGCGUGAUUGGCAUAAAAAUCGUCAGGAUCCCAAAUUCCAAGACGGCACUGGCAAGCAAACUCACGGGCAAAGUUUCAAAGCCGCCUUGCUGUCUGGUCCGCCGGGCGUCGGUAAAACGACAACUGUGCAAGUUGUCUGUAAGGAAUUGGGAUACGAUCUUGUGGGAUUCAAUGCCUCAGACACGAGAAACAAGACGUUUCUGAAGGAAAUGGUCUCAGAACUGUGCUCCAACCUCACGGUGAAGGAUUAUGUCACAGGUAAUAAACAAAAAAUUACGAGCAAAUACGUGCUGUUGAUGGACGAGGUCGACGGUAUGGCCGGCGACGAGGAUCGCGGUGGCCUACAGGAAUUAGUUAGGCUGAUAAAAUCCACAGAAGUGCCAGUUAUCUGUAUAUGUAAUGACCGACUUAACAUGAAGGUGAAGACUAUUUCUACGCACAGCUACGACCUGAAAUAUCCGAAGCUCCGAGUGGAACAGAUCAGGAGUUCAAUGAAGUCUCUGUGCUUCAAAGAGAACAUCAAAAUCUCGACGGCGGAUCUCGAUCGUUUAAUCGAGUCGACGAAUUACGAUAUCCGACAAGUGAUAAAUCAUCUCGAGUUCCUCGGCAGCCAGAACGUGUCUUACGUGGAGGCGACUGGUAAAAAACAUUCAAAUAAGAACUUCAAGCUCAGUCCGUUCGACUUCACGAAGAAAGCGUUCAACGCGGAAGAGCAGAAAAAUAUGAGUUUGGACGAUAAGAUCGGCUUAUACUUCCACGACUACAAUAUAGCGCCCCUUUUUGUACAAGAAAAUUAUCCGGGAGUUAGAUUAUUUCAAGCGUCACCUUAUCAGAGGCUAGAAAAAAUUGCCAAUGCAACUGACAGUAUAUCGCAGGGAGAUCUCGUCGAGAAGAUGAUGAGGAGCAGUAUGAUGUGGAAUCUACUUCCGAUGCACGCUUGUGUCUCGUUCGUCAUACCAACUACUGAAAUGUCGGGAUACUCCGAUCCGUUGAUACGAUUUCCCAGCUGGUUCGGACGAAAUUCGAAGGCCACGAGAUUUAACCGAUUAAUGAAAGAAUUGGCGAUGCAAACGCGAUUAGCCACGGGUGCAAGCAAGGAUAUCCUGAAUUUGGAUUAUCUGACACAUAUUCGAAACGCUAUCGUAAAACCUCUGAUAGAUAACGGUGCAGAUGGUAUAGAAAAGGCUGUAAAUGUUAUGAGAAAAUAUCAUUUGACCAGGGAAAACUUUGAUUCGGCAAUAGAAAUUUCUAUUUGGCCAGGAAUUCGCGAUCCUACGAGUAAUCUUAAUAGUAAAGUGAAAGCAGCGUUUACGCGAGCAUAUCAAAAGAAUCCUAUACUGCCGUAUUCAAUUGACAGCUUUACUGUAAUAUUUACUGUAAAGAAAAGGUCUAGGCAGGAUAACGGUCUUAAGAAGAAGGAAGGUGAUGAUGAGGAAGAGAGUGACGAUAUUAAUUUGGAUAAGAUAAACAAGGCAAAAAAACGUACGAGUAAAGCUGCUGCAUUGACGAGAAAAGCGAGCGAACCAGCUAAAAAACGCGGAAAAGGACGUGAUAAAGCAAAAUAGGAAUAAUAUUAAAAGAUGGAAUGCUUGUUUUUAUUUAGAGACUUGAAACACAAAAUUAAUGCAUCAAUCACAAAUAUUGUUUGCUACUCGAAUUGGUCGGAACGUUUAUGUGAUUCUGGAAUGAUUUUUAUAUAUUAGAUUUUUUUGCAUAAAAUGCUACUUGAUGUUCG